AUGUCUUACACUUCUGGUACUAUUGCCGAAGAUCCGGCCUAUGAGAAUGUUCUCCCACCCAAUUUCAUAAACGGCUACUCCUCUGCAGCCUAUCAGAUCGAAGGUGGUGCUGCUGAAGGAGGGCGUGGACCCUCUAUCUGGGACAAGCAUCUCCAUGAAGCCAAUAAGGAUCACGGAGACGUCGCUUGUGACAGCUAUCACCUGUGGCAACAGGACAUUGACCUGCUGAAGCAAUACAAGGCCAAUGGCUAUCGAUUUUCCGUUUCAUGGUCCCGUAUCAUCCCCAAAGGUGGAAGAAAUGACCCAAUCAAUGAGGAGGGCAUCAAGUACUACGACGAUCUUAUCAACGCUCUCCUUGCAGCCAACAUCGAACCAACAAUUACCCUCCUGCACUUCGAUGUGCCCCUUGGUAUUCACGAGCGCUACAACUCGUUCCUAGCGAUGGAUCCCCGCGAGUUAAUUGCCGACUUUACCUUCUUCUCAAAGGUCUGCUUCGAGAGGUUCGGUGAUCGCGUUAAGAAGUGGCUUACCUUUAAUGAACCUUGGAUUUUUCCUUCACUUCUGUCAAUGGGCAUGAUCAAGGAAUUUACCAAGAAGGACUUCUUCCGGUAUGACUCUCUUGUGAAUAGCGAGUGGGUUGAGCCUCUGAAUGAUACACCUGAAGCCAUCCGAGAGGCCAAGCUCAGUAUUGAGAGAACCUUUGGCUGGUUUGCCGACCCUAUCUUCCUUGGCACGCAGACCUCGUCCUGGUAUCACUACGGGGAAGAAUUCCCGCGACUCUCUGAGAGUGAACUUGCUUCGCUUAAGGGUUCAGCCGAUUUUUUGUCUCUCAACCACUAUGGCACGACCUAUGCUACUGGCCGCCCGGUUCAGCCCAAUGGCGAUCCUCGAUUUAAUAUGGAUGAUGUUGAUAAAGUUUGGGAGAAGGACGGCGUCAAGAUUGGCAAGCGAGGAGAAGAAGGUCAUCCUCAUAUUGUUCCCUGGGGCUUCCGAAAGCUUCUUGUGUAUAUCUGGGAGACCUAUUGCAAGUCUCAGAAUAUCCCCAUUGUGAUAUCCGAAUGUGGAUUCUCCGUCGAACACGAACAGCACAUGUCGCUCGAGCAGAUUGUCGAUGACAAGGAUCGUCAGGAGUACCUGAGUCUGUACAUCAAAGCCCUCUGCGACGCCUCCAAAGAGAAUGGAGUUCUGGUUACAGGAUUCUAUGCCUGGAGUCUCCUGGAUAAUCUCGAGUGGCUAUCUGGUUACGGACCAAGGUUUGGAGUUACGCAUAUUGAUCGCGAGAACGGAUGCAAGAGGACACCCAAAGAUUCUACAAAGCUUUUAGCAGCCAUCUGGAAGCACACCACUAAGGGAAUGUAG